GCGGUGAUGCUGUUGCCGAUGCUGAAUCCGUGCUGCCAGACGAGGGGAAGCAACGUCGGCGCUCCGACAUCAGCGAGACGAGACGCUCAGAGGGGGACUGAGGAGGAUCUCCGGCAUCCUUGGAAAGCAACACGAGCAGCGAGAAGAUGACUCUGGCAGCCUACAAGGAGAAGGUGAAGGAGCUCCCCCUGGUGUCCUUGUUCUGCGCCUGCCUGCGGCCACAGAGCCUGGACAAGGCCUCCUACAAGGCGGAAGAUGCGGUGGACCUGGGUCUGUGCGCCAUGAAGGACGUGGAGGUGAUCGAGCUGAACAAGAGGGCGUCCGGUCAGGCCUUCGAGGUCAUCCUCAAACCUCCGUCCUUUGACGGCCUGCCGGACCUCAACGCGUCCGUGCUCCCGCGCCGAGACCCCAGCCUGGAGGAGAUCCAGAAGAAGCUGGAGGCCGCCGAGGAGCGCAGGAAGUGCCAGGAGGCGGAGCUACUGAAGCACCUGGCGGAGAAGCGGGAGCACGAGCGCGAGGUGAUCCAGAAGGCCUUGGAGGAGAACAACAACUUCAUCAAGCACGCCAAGGAGAAGCUGGAGCAGAAGAUGGAGGCCAACAAGGAGAACCGGGAGGCCCUGCUGGCGGCCAUGUUGGAGAGGCUGCAGGAGAAGGACAAACACGCAGAGGAGGUGCGCAAGAACAAGGAGCUGAAGGAGGAGGCCUGCCGAUAAAAGCACCGCUUCAAAAGAGCCGAAUAGAGGAGCGGGAGGAGGAUUAAAAAGAUGAUUUUGGUUUGUUU